AUGUCUUUCUCUACUCCGCCCACUUUCGAUCACUCUAAAAUUGGUGUUUGCGAUGUUGCUGCCCGCCGCGCCCAUAUGAAGGCAUUCUUUCUUCACCUUGGCCUUUGGGAUGAAGAGAAGGUGAAGACUUAUCGCCAGUUCAGUGAAGAGCAAGCUUGUAAUCUGGUCCAUGUCGCAGGGCAUAUCCAAAUGGGCAACGCGCUUGGCCAAGGCCAUGACUGGCCUUGGAGGAACGAUGGUCUCCCUGACAAGAUGGACGUCACCACUGCCGGCGCCUCUCAGUUCUACCGAGAGUGGCUGCAUCGCAAUUUUGGGGUAUGUGCCGAGGUCCAGCAAAUCAUUGCGACUGGGCAGAUCCUGAACCUCAACGGCCUCCACUCGUAUCGCGACUACAUACCCGCAGACAUUCAUGUCGAAUGUCUCUUCAGCGGGGUCUCCGCGCGAUUCCCCCAUCAUCGUAUCCACACUCUCGACAUCCCAGAGGUACAACGCUAUGUUGUUGCCACUUUGGAGGGCGCGUUCCCGUCGCGUACAAAAUUCUACACCAAUGACGAGAUUCUUCUGCGAACUAAGUAUAAGAUUGUCCGAUAG